AUGCUGUAUAUUUUAUUGUUUGCGUUAUCAUUAGUUUCAUGGUCACAGCAACAUUUGUCAUACCCAAUAAACUUCUGUAACAUGGCUUCAACUUGUAUCCACGACAGCCGUGUCGUCUGCGCGUCUUCUCCGGAUGGUUGUAGUCGACGUAGUUUCAUGGACCAAUGCGACAUGUAUGAAUACAACUGUGACUACGGAACUCAGUACAUGACGAAAGUGACCAGCCCUUGUAAUAGCGGUCAGCCAGACUACUUAUGCUAAAAUACCAAGAAUUUGAUGAAAAUAAAAUAUUUUGAAUUA